UCUCCUAGCCACAAACCUCUCACUCCCUCCAUCCUACUUUCACUAAGCAUCUCUUUCUCCCUCUUGUCUUGCUCUACCUUUCAAUCAGCUGUGAUCUGAGUCUGCAUCACCAUAUUAAAACCUAUGCACCUUCACCUUCCCCAGGAUCAGAGAAUGGAAAUGGGAUUUCCUGAGGUUUUAUCAAACCUUCCCUCUUCCAAGAUCAUCUUUCUUAUAUAACUACUGCCAAAGGGGCUAGAAGCUACAGACGAGGGGAUUUUAUGAUACAACUGAUUAUUCUCUACUCCAGUGAACUUCUGCAUUGAGGUUUAACAGAUAGCGAGAAAAUGAGCAACAUUUAUGAAUCUGCGGCCAAUACCCUUGGAAUUUUCAACAGCCCAUGCCUCACAAAAGUAGAGCUGAGAGUAUCUUGUAAAGGGAUAUCAGAUCGAGAUGCUCUUUCCAAGCCCGACCCCUGUGUCAUAUUGAAAAUGCAAUCACAUGGGCAAUGGUUUGAGGUGGAUAGAACAGAAGUGAUCAGAACAUGCAUAAACCCAAUUUUCUCAAAGAUUUUCACAGUUGAUUUUUAUUUUGAAGAAGUUCAGCGCCUGCGCUUUGAGGUUCAUGACAUUAGCAGCAAUCACAAUGGUUUGAAGGAUGCAGACUUUCUGGGUGGCAUGGAAUGCACCUUGGGACAAAUUGUAUCACAGCGUAAACUGUCAAAAUCCUUAUUGAAACAUGGAAACACAGCAGGGAAAUCAUCUAUAACGGUCAUUGCUGAAGAAUUAUCCGGAAACGAUGACUAUGUGGAACUUUCCUUCAGUGCACGAAAAUUAGAUGACAAGGAUUUUUUCAGCAAAUCUGAUCCAUUCUUGGAAACUUUCCGAAUGAAUGAUGAUGGCACUCAGCAGCUUGUUCACAGAACAGAGGUUGUUAUGAAUAAUUUGAACCCGGCAUGGAAAACAUUCAAAGUUUCACUUAAUUCCCUCUGCAGUGGAGAUCACGAUCGCAAACUAAAGUGUAUAGUCUGGGACUGGGAUUCAAACGGAAAACAUGACUUUAUUGGAGAGUUUACGUCAACAUUCAAGGAAAUGAGAGGAGCAAUGGAGGGGAGACAGGUGCAAUGGGAAUGUAUAAAUCCAAAAUACAAAGUAAAGAAGAAAAACUACAAGAAUUCAGGCAUUGUAAUCCUCAACCUGUGCAAGAUACACAAAAUGCAUUCUUUCUUAGACUACAUAAUGGGUGGAUGCCAAAUACAGUUUACAGUAGCUAUUGACUUUACAGCAUCAAAUGGGGACCCUCGGAAUAGCUGCUCUCUGCACUACAUCCACCCAUACCAGCCAAAUGAGUAUCUGAAAGCACUGGUUGCUGUUGGAGAGAUUUGCCAAGACUAUGACAGUGACAAAAUGUUUCCAGCCUUUGGUUUUGGUGCCAGAAUACCUCCAGAUUACAAGGUUUCACAUGAUUUUGCAAUAAACUUCAAUGAGGACAACCCAGAAUGUGCAGGAAUUCAGGGAGUUGUAGAGGCCUACCAGAAUUGCCUGCCUAAGCUACAACUUUAUGGGCCAACAAAUAUUGCCCCCAUCAUUCAGAAAGUGGCCAAAUCUGCCUCUGAAGAGACACACACUAUGGAAGCUACGCAAUACUUCAUCCUCCUAAUUCUAACGGAUGGCGUAAUCACAGAUAUGGCCGACACCAGGGAAGCAAUCGUUCAUGCCUCUCAUCUGCCAAUGUCAGUCAUCAUUGUAGGGGUGGGCAACGCGGAUUUCAGCGACAUGCAAAUGCUUGAUGGGGAUGAUGGAAUACUGAGGUCCCCGAAGGGAGAGCCUGUUCUUCGAGACAUUGUUCAGUUUGUGCCGUUCAGAAACUUCAAACACGCAUCGCCAGCUGCACUCGCAAAAAGCGUUUUGGCGGAAGUUCCAAAUCAAGUUGUGGACUAUUACAAUGGCAAAGGAAUCAAACCAAAAUGUAUGUCAGAAUACGAGUCUUCCAGGACACUAGGACCCUGAAUUUCUUUGCACACUUUUUCAAGUUCCAAAAUAUUAAUAAUCAUAAUAACUAUAUAUACAUAGCACGUUUUGGUGAUUUUUAACUUAACAAUAUAUAUAUUUUUCUUGCAUGUAUAACUGGAGGCUUGGAUCGGUAUAGCGGUUGUAUUGUUCCAGAGUUUUUAUGAAAAAACAAAAAAGCAUGUCACCUUGAUCAAAAGGUUAACUAUAUGUUCUUUUUAUACAGAAUUGUUGAAAUUUUGCUAAAUUUCUUAUCAUAUUUACACUGUAGAACCUUUUUUGAACAUUUCUUGAAAGGCCAUAGCCAACAAUUUAGAUUUUACCUAGUGAGAAACUAAAAGGUGAUUUUUUUUUUUAAAAUGAUACAAGCAUGGACUGUAUUUUGCAUGCCAGAAUUAUUAUCUCAGUUUUAUUAUAAUUAUUGCUUGCAAACCUUUAGCCCAAAACAAAAUUACCAUGUCAUUGAAGUUUCAAAUUAAAGCCAAUUCUAAAUUCAAGACCAGAUUUUAACAAUAUCUGCAUAUUUACGGUUAAUUGUGAUGUUUUCUCUCAGAUAGCAAUGUACAGGUUUAAGCAAUACAUAUGUGAUAUUCUGG